AUGGCUCCAUCAGCAAUUGAAGAACCGACAAGUCAGACGGAUGUUUCCAAGCAUGUCCUUGUGAAACCAUGGGUCCGUCCGGCCGAGACGGCCGAGAAACUCGACUGGGCGCCGCUGACGACGAUCGAUCUGUCACGCUUCGACGAGCCAGGUGGCAAGCAGGAGCUCGCAAAGCAGCUCUAUGACGCCCUGACUCGAGUUGGAUUCUGGGUGGUGACCAAUACUGGCAUCGACGACAAGAAAGUCCUUCGCCAGUUCAGCUUUGGAAAUACUUUUUUCCAGCAGUCGUUGGAGGAGAAGCGUUUCUUCCCCUGUAACUUUGCGGAAGGCGAGUAUUUUGGAUAUCGCGAGAACUCACGAUGGAUUGGCGACACUGGUGUCAAGGAAAACAUUGAAAUGCUCAAUAUCCCCAAGGAUAUCCCGGCACUUGCUGAUGUCCCCAAACAUGCAAUCACGCGGGAGUAUUGGGAUGAAAUCCGUACUUUCCAUCGUGAGCUUUGGGAGAAGGUGAUUCGCAAGCUUUUUGUUCUGAUCUCGAUCAUCCUUGAAUUGCCGGAGAACUAUCUGGCAGACGCUCACGCCUAUGACGAGGUAUCGGACGAUCAUCUUCGGUAUAUGAUCUAUAACGUCAGAACUCAGGAGGAAUGGGACAAGGCCCAGGCUUACUCCAAGGGCGGUCAUACCGACUUUGGCAGUUUGACACUGCUCUUCUCGCAGCACAUUGCUGGACUGCAAAUCCGCACUCCUGAGGGAGAGUGGAAAUGGGUUAAGCCUGUCGAAGGGGGCAUCACCUGCAACGCUGCUGACACCCUGACUUUCCUGACCAAUGGCUUCAUCAAGUCGACUGUUCACCGAGUGGUUACACCGCCUAAGGACCAGCUGAAUACGCCCCGCCUCGGACUGCUAUACUUCAGUCGUCCAGGAGACAAGACAUUAAUGAGGACGGUACCAUCUCCUCUUUUGGACCGCCUCGGCCUUCUUUCAGAGGAGGAUAAGAAUUCCGACAAGCCUGUUCCAACGGGGACCGAGUAUGUCCGAGCGCGGGUCAAGGAUGUCCACCAUAAAACCGUCAUCGACAAACGGGAGGGCACCGCAUUUGAAUAUCAGGGCCUCAAGGUGCAGAACUAUUACGAGUAG